AUGUCUAAAAAGCGAAAAUUGUUGAAUGAUCCGAGUGAAGACAAAUGGAACUCAUUGUCUCGAGAAGAUUUAAUUGAUCGUUGUAAACAGCUUGAAACUCAUGUUCAUCAACUAAGAAAUGUAUUAGCAAAAGUAACAAAUCAAUCUGACAAAAAUAAUUUCAAAAAUGGCACCUUAUCAUCUUCUGUUGACAACGUUUCAAUUGAUAACACUGAUAGCAAUCCUUCCUCAAAGAAGAAAAAGGCAAAAGAAUUACGUCCAUUCGAUUUUAGUCGCUAUAAUAAACGUCAUAUAUUUCUGAAACUAGUCUAUCUUGGCUGGGAAUACGAAGGUUUUGUUACACAAGAACAUACAUCGCAAACGGUUGAAAAUUUUUUAUUUGAUGCACUAAUUAGAACAAGAUUAAUUGAAUCACGUGAAACGUCCAAUUAUCAUCGAUGUGGAAGAACCGAUCGAGGUGUGAGUGCAUUUACACAAGUGAUAUCGCUAACAGUCAGAUCAAAUAAAGAUUCUGGCAAAGGUGUUACAGCAUCCGAUAAUAAAAAAGAAAGUAACUCCGAUGAUGAAUUACAGUAUGCUCGAAUGUUAAAUAGUGUAUUACCCGACACGAUUCGUAUAUUAGCAUGGUCACCAGUUGAACAAGCAAAAAGUGCACGUUUUGAUUGUAUAUCACGUUCAUAUCGAUACUAUUUUCCAAAAGCUGAUCUUGAUUUAGAUCUUAUGCGUGAUGCAGCCAAACUUUUGAUUGGUAUACAUGAUUUUCGUAGUUUUUGUAAACUGGAUAUUGGAAAUAAUGUCGUGACAUUUAUUCGACAAAUAUAUGAUGUUAAAAUCGAUUUAUUAGAUGGAACAACAUUUUAUCAAGAUAAUCCUGGUUACCAAAUGUGUGAACUAAUUGUUAGUGGUUCUGGUUUUCUUUGGCAUCAAAUUCGCUGUGUAGUUGCUAUACUAAUUGCCAUUGGUCAGAAAAAAGAAGAGGUGCAGCUUGUAAGCGACUUACUUGACAUUGAAAAACAUCCUUGCAAACCACAUUAUGUUAUUGCAUCAGAAUUGCCCUUAGUUUUAUUUGAUUGUCAAUUUGAAGAUGUUGAAUGGUUAUAUGAUGAAAAAGAUUCUCUUACAACAAUUCGUUAUCUACAACGGCAUUGGACUUCCUACCAAGUUCGUUCAACAAUGUUAUCAAAAAUGUUAGAAACUCUCGAAAAAACAUAUUAUUCAACAAUAAGUAGAGCCAGUGAACCAAUACUCGGACAAUUAUCCAUACUUGAAAAUCCACAAACGCUAUUUGAAUCAACCAAAAAACCUUAUUUACCGAUUCUGCAACGUCAAACUCGUUCAUCGAUUGAGCAAUCGGUUGACAAUUAUAUUAAACGUAAACGGCUAGAUUGUUCAGUUCAAGAUUUCUUAAAUAAAAAACAUCAGAAAGAAAAAGGGACAACUUUGACAGUUACAAAAGAAGACGAAGAAGAAAAAACAAAUAUUCCAUCUACAAAUACUGUAUAUUAUUAG